AUGCUGAGUGUUGAUGACACUAGCGAUGAGAAUCAACAUCAAAUUGACAUUCAGCAUUCCGAUGAUAGAGGUAGUUUUGAAGGCGCUUAUUUUUCGCUGAUGGCAAAACUCGAAACGGCAAUUAGUGAAUUCAACAUUCGCGAAGCUCAAACCGACCUCGGUUCUCGGAAUUCCAAUACGCAGUUGAAUAACGAUACCUCUGUUUCACAGAUUUGUUUACCUAAAAUUGAAUUACCAAGUUUUUCGGGCAUAAAUGAAGAUUGGUAUUCUUUCUAUGAUACUUUCGAAAAAUUGAUUCAUUCAAAUUGUAAGCUAGCAGCUGUCCAGAAAUUCCAUUACUUACGUUCGUCGUUGAAGGGUGAAGCAUUGGACAUCAUAAAGUCAAUCGACAUAACUACAGAGAACUAUGUUGAGGAUCACGUGAGGCAACUGGUGGAAUUACCGCAUAUCACAAGAGAAAAUCACGUACAGUUGCGUACCUUACUUAGCAACGCACUCAAACAUUUGCGCGCUCUUAAAGCGUUAGAAAGACCAGUAGAUACAUGGGAUGAUUUGAUAAUACAUCUCAUUUCGUCCAAGCUUGAUCCAGUUACAAAACGAGAAUGGGAGACAAGUCGCACGGAUAACUCGAUACCUACGUUCAAACAACUCAAGGAUUUUUUGUUACAACGAUGUUCGGCUUUGGAGGCAAUCGCAAGCAAGACCACGGGCGCAGUUUCAUCUAUUGAUACAAAUACAUUAAAUCAAAAACCAAAACGAGCAGUCAAUUACGCAGCCAGCACAAAUGUAAUUUGCGAAUGUUGCAAGGAGUGUCACUUCUUGUAUCAAUGUAACUCAUUUAAAGAACUUCCUGUCGACAAACGAUUCAAGAUAGUAAAAAAUGCACGCCUGUGCAUUAAUUGUUUAAAAACAAGCAAUCAUCAAGUUAAGAAUUGCACUUCCGGUUUCUGUCGCAAAUGCAGUAAGGCGCAUAACACACUCUUACAUUUCGAGAACGCAGGCAAUCAAGACGAAACGGAUCUCGUAUCAAACGCUGAAAUUUCACAAGCACCAGUGGUCACACAAUGUUCUCAACAAGGCUCAGCAAGGAAGGUAUUAUUGUCCACAGCGAUAGUACAUAUUUUUGAUGCUCAAGGCAAGAGUCACACAUGUCGUGCGUUAUUGGAUAAUGGAUCACAGCUGAAUUUCAUCACCGAAACGUUGGCAAACAAAUUACGACUGAAACAGCAACAUUUAAAUAUCGCCAUUUCUGGAGUAGCACAGGGAGGCAUCAACGCAAGAAGAUCUGUUAACGUUCUGAUACAAUCCAAACAAAAUAGUUAUCGCGAACGAAUGGAAUGUGUAAUCCUGCAGAAAAUCACACAAAAUUUACCUCAAGAAUUUGUGGACAGAUCACAACUGAAAAUUCCAUCUAACAUUUCAUUAGCAGAUCCUCAUUUUAAUAUUCCGGAUAACAUUGAUCUUUUGAUCGGCGCUGAAGUGUUCUGGCAAUUGCUCUGCAUUGGUCAGAUCAAAUCAUGCCGGACACAUUCUACCAUUCAGAAGACCAAACUCGGUUGGAUCAUUUCUGGUCAGAUAUUCAACAAUCACCAAUCGAAUAAGAGCCACAUUUGUCAUUUAGCCACAAUGGAUGAUUUAAAUAACACCAUCUCCAAAUUCUGGCAAAUUGAAAAUAACUAUUGCAAUGAGAAUUUUACGCUAUCACCCGAAGAACGUGAGUGCGAAACUCAGUUUUUACAAACCACUACGCGCAAUUCUGAUGGAAGGUAUAUAGUCAAACUUCUAAUUAAGGAAGAGUUAAUGAGCCAGUUAGGCAACUCGAAGGAGAUCGCCAAACGGAGAUUUUACGCACUGGAAAGACGAUUGGCCAAACAACCCGAUAUUUAUGUUGCUUAUCGUAAUUUUAUGAAUGAGUAUCAGUCUUUAAUCCACAUGCAGGAGGUCAAGGAUAUUACUGAUGACGGUUAUGAUCUAUUUGCUAUUUUGGCAAGAUUUCGUACAUUUGCAGUAGCAAUCACCGCGGAUAUCACGAAAAUGUACCGGCAAGUACUAAUUCAUCCAACCCAGAGAUCGCUUCAACGCAUUUUCUGGCGAGAUAAUCCCCAAGAAGAUUUAAAGAUAUUUGAACUCAUGACUGUAACCUACGGCACAGCAGCAGCACCGUUUUUAGCCAUAAGAGCAUUACGAAAACUCGCCGAAGAUGAAGCCUCUGACUACCCACUUAGCUCGAAAAUCGUGUUGAGGGAUUUCUACGUAGAUGACAUGCUAACAGGAGCGAAAUCAAUAGAUGAAGCAAUGAUUAUAAAGCAGCAAACUCAUGAAUUACUCAAGCGAGGAGGAUUUGAAUUGACGAAAUGGUGCUCCGAAAUCAAGCUGCGAGACAAUAAAUCACUAUCAGAUAAUAAAGAGUUUAACGCAAGGGAAUCUCAGAAUGAAACUCGGGCACUUGGAGUAGUGUGGAACUACGAUUUGGAUAUAUUCAAAUUCGUUGAGGCAGGCAGAUGGACACCGUUCGAGAAACCCACCAAGCGAAACAUUUUAUCAAGGACAGCACUAAUAUUCGAUCCCCUGGGGUUCAUAGGACCUGUAACGUUGACGGGAAAAAUCAUUAUGCAAGAAUUGUGGUUGUUGAAAAUUGAUUGGGACGAAUCAAUUCCUAUGAACCUGAAUACUACGUGGAAGGAGUAUGAAUCGCAACUCGAACAGCUGAAUGACGUCAAGAUUUCUCGAAGAAUGCUGACAGAAAACCCAGUAUACAUUGAACUACACGGAUUUGCUGAUGCGAGUCAACAGGCGUACGGAGCAUGCGUGUACAUGCGAUCUAUCUCUGAGAGCGGACAAGUGGAAAGUCAUUUGAUUGCUUCCAAAUCGUGGAUAGCCCCGGUGAAAUCAUUAUCAAUACCACGAUUGGAAUUAUGUGGGGCUUUGGUACUAGCUCAACUAGUCGACAAGCUGAAAAACUGCUUGAACUGUAAGAUUGAUAAUACCGUCUAUUGGACCGAUUCCAAUAUAGUGUUAUGCUGGUUACAAGCGCCCAAUCGUAUUCCGUACAUAUCAACGAUCAUCGAUAAACUUUCUUUGGUUCACCGUCCAGCAGGUACAUUUCUUCAGAUGAGUUCUUUCGGUCCUCCGGCUUUGAGAUUAGAGGCAUUAAUCCGGUCACAACCUAACCUAGCCUACGCCUAUGGAGAACUGCCAAGAACUGCGCGCCAAAACAUUUCUCCUACAUUAUCUACACCUACACCGCCUACACCAAUGAUAACCAAUAAUGUAAAGGGAAAGAAACGCAAGAUUAGAGAAUUCCAAUCUUCAUGGCUAGAUCUAGAUGAGAAUAUUUUUAAGGAAUAG